AUGACUAGAUUUGCAAAACAUAAGAAACCGAAAAAAAAAUCUAUUGGUGAAGAUGCAACACCAUGGGAAAAAUUAAAAGAACCUCUAACUGAAGAAGAUAAACGUAAACAAGAAAAACGUUUAGAAAAAAAACGUAAACGUGAAUUAAAAAAGAUCUGUUUUCGAUGUCGAACUCCAGGACAUUCAAUGAAUGAAUGUACAGUUGAAAUAUCUGAUGAACAAAAAAAAAAGGGUGAAAUAAAAACUGGUAUUUGUUAUAAAUGUGGUUCAACUGAACAUCGAUUAAAACAAUGUACAAUUAAAGGUGAUUCAUUUGCUUAUGCAACUUGUUUUAUUUGUGGUAAACAAGGUCAUUGGUCACGUUUAUGUCCUGAUAAUCCAAAUGGUUUAUAUCCAAAUGGUGGAUGUUGUAAUGAAUGUGGUUCGAUUCAACAUUUUAAACGAGAUUGUCCAACAUUAUUAAAAAAACAAGGAAUUGAUGAUCAACAAUUACCUUGUCUUACUUCGACUACAAAUAAUAUUGAUGAUAAUGUUGAAUCAAUCAUAGAAAAACCUAAUAAAACAAAAAAAUCAUUAAAACGUUUAAAACUUAUAAUAAUAAAAAUGAAAAUAGCUAUUGAAGGUUGUUGUCAUGGUGAAUUAGAUCGAAUAUAUGAAACUAUAAAUCAAAUUGAAAUUGAACAAAAAAUAAAAAUUGAUCUUUUACUUAUAUGUGGUGAUUUUCAAGCCGUUCGAAAUGAACAUGAUUUACAAUCAAUGGCUGUUCCACCAAAAUAUCGUUCAAUGCAAGAUUUUUGGCGUUAUUAUUCUAGAGAAAAACUUGCACCUUUACUUACAAUAUUCAUUGGUGGUAAUCAUGAAUCAAGUGAUUUUCUUAUUGAAUUACCAUAUGGUGGUUGGGUAGCACCAAAUAUAUAUUAUAUGGGUUAUGCAAAUGUAGUUAAUUUUAAUGGUUUACGUAUAGCUGGUUUAUCUGGAAUAUAUAAAUCACAAGAUUAUAAUUCUGGUCAUUAUGAAUUACCACCAUUUGAUGAAAAAACAAUUCGUUCAAUAUAUCAUAUCAGAAGUUUAGAUGUAUUUAGAAUAAAACAAUUACAACAAGGUAAAAUUGAUAUUAUGAUAUCACAUGAUUGGCCACGUGGUAUUGUUUGGUAUGGUGAUACACAACGUUUAUUACAACGUAAACAAUAUUUUCAUGAUGAUAUAUAUACAAAUAAACUUGGUAGUGAACCAUUAGAAGAAGUUUUACUUCGAAUACAACCAAAAUAUUGGUUUUCAGCACAUUUACAUGUUAAAUUUUCUGCAUUAGUUGAACAUACAAAUGGACAAUUAACACGUUUUCUUGCUUUAGAUAAAUGUUUACCAGGAAGAGAUUUUUUACAAGUUCUUGAUAUUGAACCAAUGAAUCCAUCACCAUCCUCAAUGAAUCGUUUAUUACUUGAUCCUGAAUGGUUAUGUAUAUUAACAAAAACUGAUCAUCUAUUACAUGUUCAACGUACAAAUACAUUUUUACCAUCAAUAUCCCAAACUUCUUUCACUCCAAAUGAUGAUGAUUAUCGAAAAGUAAAAGAUGAUUUUUCAAAUACAUUUGAAAUACCUGAAAUGUUUGAACCAACUGGUCCUAUUCAUGUACCAGGUAGUGGAAAUAUUCCAAUUGAUAUAGAACAAUUAAGAAAAAAUAAUCCACAAACAGAAUUAUUAUGUCUUAUGCUUGGUAUAAGAAAUCCUAUUGAUGUUAUACUUAAUCGAAAACUUCAACCAAUACAAUUUGAUCAGACAUCUUCUACUGAUCAAACCAAUUAA